AUGUCAUCCAUUCUUAGCGAAGCAUACGCAGAGUGUGAUGAUGUAGAAAAAGUUUGCAAAGCAGCACAGUACAAUAAGUUGAUGUGUAAUUAUCUUAGAAAAGUAAUAACACUUUCAGCAGAACCAGCGGUAAAAUUAUUACAACGUCAAACAUAUAGCCAAGAAAAUAAUGUCUCAACCGAAAAUAUAAACAGAUUUAAAAAUUCAUUAGUGCGUAUCAAAAAAUUUGUUGAGAGCAUAACGCAGAUUUAUAUUCCUAUAAAGUAUGAAGAUGCUACAAAUAUUAAAAAUGAUUUUUAUCAAAUUAUGGAGGAAUAUUGGACUUGUGUGAAAGAUCUGAAUAAUUUAUCAACCAUGUUUAGCAUUUGCUUUAAGGAGGACGAAAUUGAAGAUUUUAUUAAGAUACAAUCCUUAGUGAAGAAUAAUCUAUUUAGCCAUGGUUUGAUUAUUAGCGAUCGGGGAAUAGCCCCAACUAAUAAAUCCGGAGCUCGAUACAAAAUUAUUAUUGAACCUCAUAGCACUAAAAACUUCUAUGUGAAUUUAGUGCCUAUUAAGACACAAAGUGAUACUUUAUUAAAAUAUAAUAUUAAGCCAUCUGCUAUUAGCUUCCAGGAUCUUCAAAUUAUUUCAAGUCAAUUGUCUAAUGAAUUUUCAAAUAACGUUUAUCUAGAAAUUCGGUUCCCUUUAUGGGAAUUAAUUUUCAGGAAAGAAGAUAUAAUUAUUCCUGAAAAAUUAAUCGGAGGUAUUAAAAAUGCUUUGAAAUGCAAUAACCCAUAUCAGGAAUUGAUGCAAAUUUUUAAAGAUCAUGGGCACUUUGUACCGGGCAAAGUUAUUCUUGGUCAUAAAUUAUAUAGAAUGUCUUGUCUAGAAAAGAACAAAACUUUGUCAGUAAAGAAAAGAAUCGUAACUUGUGAAGAUUUCGAAAAAAUCGAAUUUAAGGAGCUUUGGGAUCAAUGGUAUAAUUCAAUCGUGCAUUUCAACUUUAAUGAAUCAUAUUUAUUAUCAACAUAUUCCGAGAUGUUUAAGAGAGAAGACCUUAAGGGGUGGGCAGAAUCUUGUCCAAAGGAAAAUAUUUAUGAUGUGCAAAUCAUUAGUUGGGAUAAAUUAUAUCCUUUAUAUGAAUUAUUAGAUGACAAUUUAGAACAAAAAGUUAAAGCCGUGUUGGGAAUAGAAAAUAUAACGAUUAAAGAGAAGGUAUUAAUGUCAGGAGCCAUCCCAAUUACAGACUCCCUUUACUACUUUGUAAAAUUUCCUUGUAAACUAAAUAAUGAAAAUUAUCGCAUCUUUGGGAGAUUAGUAGCACAAGAUGGGAAACCAAUUAACGCAAUUAUAAAAUUUAAGGCCUUAACACCGCAUGGUUUUGUAAUGCUGAUUUGUAUUGAUGAAACUGUUAGAUCCAAAUAUUCGAAUCUAAAAGUAUUUUGGAUCAUGGUUGGAUUACCUGAAAUUGGCUUUUAUAGUCCAAACAGUAGGGAUAUCCCUAUAUUGGCUUCUGGUAGUUACAAAUUUGCGUAUGCAAAGGAUUUUGACAUUGCAGUAUUAUUACCGGAUAAUCUACCAACAAACUGGAUAUUUUAUAUCUCUUUUCAAUAUCAUAAUUGUGGGCCGAGUUUUAGUGCCACUAUUUAUUACAGUAAAGUCAAUAAUAAAAUUAAAAUUAAGAUCUAUGAUUCUUCAAAAAUACAUUCGAGUAAAUAUGAUCAAUCAAAAGAAGAAUAUUUACUUCAUUGGUGUAUUCUUCCUAAAGGUCAUGAAAUUUUAGUUGAUGUUCUUAAGAGCCAAAGGGUUUUAAUCGAUGUACUUCCCCAAAAUCUGGAAAGUUUAGCAAAUAUUCUUGAAAAUCAAGAAAUUUUAACUGAUUUAUCUCGUGAUAAUCCUUCGGAAACAAGAUUUAACUUAAACUCAAUAGGACAAGGUGAAUAUAACCUAAAAUCUCAAAAUCAUGAUGAUCAGUGUUGGCCUUUCUAG